AUGAAAAGGAAGUCACCAGCAGGAACCAUUGAUUCUUUCUUUAAUGCAUCAAAAGAAAAGAAGCAGGCUUCCAUUGAUGAGUUAAUGCCUAUACCCCGCAGGCAAUUGACUGUACAAAAAACGCAGCAACAAAAAGGAGUAAUUCAUAUACAAAUUCCUUCACUUUCAGACGAAUCAUCGAUCAAUGAGGAUAAAAUAAAAGAAAUUAUGGCAUAUCUCAAAGAAGGAAUUCAUCUUCUUUUUGAUGAUAAAAUUCAAAAUGCAAAUUUUGCAAAACUCUUUACGAAUGUUGAAUACAUUUGUCGUAACAAGACUCCAGAAUAUCUUUACAAGUCAAUUUCUGAGGAUAUGCAAGAAGCUGCACUGAAUUUUAUCAAUUCCAUCUCAGAAGAGUUCGAUAUCACCUUGAUAUCCCAAAAAAUAUCAUUAUUUGAGAAAUGCCUUGAUUAUUUCCUCCGUACUUUCCUAUACCUCGAUCGUUCUUAUAUAUUUCCACUGAGAAUUGACGGAUUCACAAGUUUGUCAGAGAUAGUCUACUCGUAUAUCAGAAAUGGAAUGAGCAAAGAACUUGCUGAUCUCAUUUCUGAUCAGAUUCUCAUUACUAUUUCGAAAUAUCGUCUUCAUGAGGAAAUUAAGCUCUCUGAACUCAAAACAGGCCUCAAUUUUGCCAAAUCUACGAAGUUCUACAACGACCAUCUCGAACCUACUCUUCUAAUCCAAACAAAAGAUUAUUUCGAAGAUAUAUCUUCUCAUCUCAGUCUAAAAGACCUAAUUAACUGGAAUUACAGCUCCAAAGAGAUAGAGACACAACUUCAGGAGUGUGGUCUUGAGAAAUCCACUUAUUUAUCCAUUGAUUCCAUGCAAAAUGAAAUUGUUCUCAAAAAAGCCGGCCAAAGGGUACUUUUUUCACAAGAAUUCUAUGAUAUGAUUGAUCAAUUCGACAAAGAAGAGCUCAAAAGAGUUGUUUCGACCUUUGACAAAGAAGAAUUGCGAAAAUUAUUAUUAAAGUCCGUUUCCUCAUAUUUUUCGACCAAAAUCAAAUCCACAAUACAGAGUUCAACCGAUCAGACCCUUAUUCCAGACAUUUUGCGCAUUAUUUCGAAGAUAUCAGAUUUUGAUCAAUUUAUUUUCGAAAAUUCGCGUGAUGCAGUCAAAACCAUCAAUGAAUCUGUAUCAGCGUCCAUGUCCAGUCAAAGAGACCACAUUGCUGAGUAUCUUGCCCGUUACAUUGACAGUGGCAAUCCAUUAGUUGGCCCGUCAUUAAUUCUAUUCAAAUUAAUCGACGCGAGUGAGGUUUUUGAGAGCACGUACUUCCACUUAUUUGGUCGGAGAUUUUUAUCAUGGAAUGUCGAUGUCCAAAGGGAGAACGAGUUGAUAGAUACACUCCAAAUGAAUGCAUCUAAGGAGUACACUGAUAGAUUGGUCAAAACAAUCAACGAUUAUAAUCAAAGUAAGAGAAUCUUGCAGCCAACGAGUGAUGGAAUGGAAUACAAGGCAAUGGCAUUGUACGAAAGAGACUGGAGUACGAAUGAAGGCGAAAUUAAGUUCCCAGAACAAAUUGAAAUAUUAAAUGAAGAAUUCAAGAAGAGAUACAUGAAGCAACAGAAGACUGAUAGUCACAUAGUGUUACACUUCUCGGCCGCACUCUCCAAUUGCGUUUUGAAGGUAAAUAAUAAAAGUGAAAUCAAAAUGUCGGGAGAACAGGCCAUAAUUGUAUUACUACUAUCAGAAAAAGGUCCUAUGAAUGUUGACGACAUCCACAAUCAUACAGGAAUCAACGAAUCCCAGAUAAAAAUAAAUUUAGAUAUUUUAUCUAAAAAACCACUGAAUUUGUUGAUAAAAGGUGAUGAUGAUAAGUGGUCAGUUAACAAAGAUGCUCAAUUCCCUGAGAAUUACAGUUAUCCGUCAACAAGAAGUGGAAAUCUUCAGUUGCAAAGAGCUGUUAUUGAUAACGAUAUCAACUACAUAAGAACUAAUAUGAUUAUGUCAUGUAUGUACAAGAUAUUGAAAGAAUUUAAGACCCUGAAGUUGGAAGAACUCAUUUCAAGGGUAAAGAAACAGUUGAACUUCUUCCCUGAAACAGAGAAGUUGAUGUUCGUAAUAAAUGACCUCAAAAAUAAAGAUGUGCUGACUCAGGACGAAAACCACGUAAUUAGAUACGUGCCUUAA